AUGGACGUAGCAGACAAUACCGUUGCCCUUGUAACAAAACAUUGUGGUCUACAAUUGGAGCUUUACCAGAGAUGUGUGACGCAUAAUCCAGAAAACUGGGACAUCAAAUGCAUUACUCAAAAGCGUGCUCUUGCAAAGUGCUCGGAGGACAAUGUCCCUAUUAUCAAGCAUGUGAAGGAAAUGUGUGAUCCGUUUAUUAAAGACUAUGAUGCUUGUGUGAUGAAGAAUCAAAAGGAUCCUACAAUUUGUCUCGAGCCACUCAAACGAUUAUUUCAUUGCACGGAGGAACAUGGAAAGUUGCCGCUAUCGGGACCACCUCGUGCUGCUGACCCAAAAUCAACAUCAACUUCACCAUCAGGAGAAAACCCAGCAGGAUCAAACUAUGGGUAUAGAGGGGGUGUGUAA